AGACUUCACAGAUCAUCUUCAUAUGCAAAGAACCCUUGCAGAGCCCAAGGAACUUUUGAAGAGACCAGCUCCUGUCUCCCUGCCAGUGAAAUGUGCGUCCCUCAAAGCCCUGAGAGUCUGUAGACACAGGAGCCGGGAGGAAUUUUCAACACACUGAGAAACAAGGAUGAUGGUCUGCAUACUGUUGUGGUGGAUUCUCAAAGUGCUUACCCUGUCUGCCUUGCUGAAAAUGACUCUAUCCUUAAAUCCAGAUGAUCCCAACGUUUGCAGUCACUGGGAAAGCUAUGCCGUGACAGUACAGGAAUCUUAUGCUCAUCCUUUUGAUCAGAUCUAUUAUACAAGAUGUACUGAUAUACUGAACUGGUUCAAGUGCACUAGACAUCGAAUAAGUUAUAAAACAGCCUAUCGAAGAGGACUAAGAACAAUGUAUCGGCGAAGAUCUCAGUGCUGCCCUGGAUAUUAUGAAAGUGGAGACUUCUGCAUACCUCUCUGCACAGAAGAGUGUGUGCAUGGAAGAUGUGUAUCUCCAGAUACCUGUCAUUGUGAACCUGGCUGGGGAGGCGUUGAUUGCUCCAGUGGUUGUGAUAGCGACCACUGGGGACCACACUGUAGCAACCGCUGCCAAUGCCAGAACGAAGCUCUCUGCAACCCGAUCACCGGAGCCUGUGUCUGCGCCGAUGGGUACAAAGGAUGGCGCUGUGAAGAGUUCUGCGACUCUGGGACGUACGGGAAGGGCUGCCAAUUUAAAUGCCAAUGCCACAACGGAGCAACCUGUGACCACAAAACGGGAGAGUGUCAUUGUGCUCCUGGAUACACAGGGGUCUUCUGUGAAGAGCACUGUCCUCCCGGCAGUCACGGAGCUCAGUGUGAAUUGCGCUGUCCAUGCCAGAAUGGGGGAGUCUGCCACCAUAUCACCGGAGAGUGCUCCUGUCCGCCUGGAUGGACGGGCUUUGUGUGUGCACAGCCAUGCCCGCCUGGAACAUUUGGAAUUAACUGCAGCCAGGAUUGUCCCUGCCAUAAUGGAGGACUGUGCGAUCAUGUGACAGGAAAAUGCCUUUGUACAGCUGGAUAUAUGGGAGACAGGUGUCAAGAGGAGUGUCCUAUUGGGACAUAUGGCUUCCAGUGCACUCAAAAAUGUGACUGUCGAAAUGGUGCGAAGUGUUACCACAUAAAUGGAGCGUGUAUGUGCGACCCUGGGUUUAAAGGGCUCCAUUGUCAAGAAAGAAUGUGUCCAGAAGGGCUUUAUGGCCUAAAAUGCCACAAGAAAUGUCCUUGCACUAUCACCAACACACUCAGCUGCCAUCCGCUCUCUGGAGAAUGUACCUGUAAAGCUGGCUCGGCUGGACUAUAUUGCAACGACACCUGUCCUCCUGGAUAUUAUGGGGAAGGCUGCCAGCUGACCUGUCUUUGCCGGAACGGUGCAGAUUGCGGUAGCGUGACAGGGAAAUGCACCUGUGCUCCCGGAUAUAUGGGAGAUGACUGCUCCGUUACUUGUGGGGCAGGAACGUAUGGACCCAACUGCUCGUCAGUGUGCGACUGCAAAAAUGACGGUGCAUGUUCCCCUGUGGAUGGCUUGUGUCUUUGCAAAGAAGGGUGGCAGGGUGUCGACUGCUCCAUUCCAUGCCCAAGUGGAACUUGGGGACUUAACUGUAACCAGACAUGUCACUGUGCCAACGGAGCAGCCUGCGAUCCAGUGGAUGGGUUUUGUCUUUGUUCCCCGGGGUGGCAAGGAGAGUUCUGUGAUCAGCCAUGCCCGGAUGGAACAUAUGGCGUGAAUUGCAGUGAACGCUGUGACUGUAGCCAUGCAGAUGGGUGCGAUCCUGUCUCGGGGUAUUGCUGCUGCCUUGCUGGGUGGACAGGUAUCCACUGUGAUAACGUGUGCCCACAGGGCCGCUGGGGACCAAACUGCUCCAUCUCUUGUAACUGUGAGAACGGGGGCUCCUGCUCACCAGAGGAUGGGACUUGCGAGUGUGCACCGGGCUAUCGAGGACCUAUGUGCCAGAGAAUUUGUUCCCCUGGCUUUUAUGGGCAUCAGUGCAGCCAAGCAUGUCCGCAGUGUGUGCACAGCAGCGGGCCUUGUCACCACGUGGCGGGACAUUGUGAUUGUUUGCCUGGAUUCUUCGGCUCACUCUGCAACCAAGUGUGCCCCAGUGGAAGGUAUGGGAAGAGCUGUGCUGAGGUCUGUCAAUGUACCAACAAUGGCACAUGCAAUCCUAUCGAUGGAACUUGUCAAUGUUUUCCAGGAUGGAUAGGAAAAGACUGCUCUCUAACUUGUCCAGCUGGAUUUUGGGGGCCAGAUUGCUUUCACACUUGCAACUGCCACAAUGGAGCAACGUGCAGCCCUUACGACGGAGAAUGCAGAUGCACAGCUGGGUGGACCGGGCUCUACUGUACUCAGCGUUGCCCAGCGGCCUUUUAUGGACGAAAUUGUGCUAACAUUUGUCAGUGUCAGAAUGGAGCAGAUUGUGACCACAUCACUGGGCAGUGCACAUGCAGAACUGGAUUUACGGGUAAACAGUGUGAGCAAAAGUGUCCACCUGGAUCGUUUGGAUACGGUUGCAAACAGCUAUGCGAAUGCAUGAAUAACGCUACAUGCGAUCAUGUCACUGGUACAUGCUACUGUAGUUCAGGCUUCAAAGGAAUCCGGUGUGAUCAAGCGGCUCUCAUGAUGGAAGAAUUAAAUCCCUAUACUAAAAUUAGCCCCGCUCUCGGAUCAGAGAGGCACUCUGUGGGAGCAAUCAUUGGAAUUAUUAUUCUCCUUCUAAUUAUUAUGGUUUUGCUGGCACUGUUUGUGUGGUAUCGACGGAAACAGAAGGAAAAGGGGCACGACAUGCCAAGUGUAUCUUACACUCCAGCCAUGAGGAUGACUAAUACAGAUUACUCACUUUCUGAUAUAUCUCAAGGUAGCAGCAGUGUACAUUGCUUUUCCAAUCCAAGCUACCAUACCCUGUCAUGUGGUGUGACUUCACGCUUCUUUACCAAUAAUCUGGAUGGAAACAGCUCCAGUAAGCUCAGUCACAAAGUCCUUGACAGAGAAACUGCAGACUGGAGACCGUACAGCUAUCUGAAUGAACUAGGUGCUUGUGGGAUGGAUAGACGUCAGAACACAUACAUAAUGGAAAAAAGCUUCAAAGAGUAUAUGAAAGAAUCUGUCUGCAGCUCAAGCACCUGUUCUCUGAACAGCAGUGAAAACCCAUAUGCCACCAUUAAGGAUCCACCCAUCUCGACAUGUAAACACUCGGAGAGCAGUUAUGUGGAAAUGAAAUCACCCAUUCACAGGGAUUCACCCUAUUCACAAAUGCCCACUGCAUCAAAGACUAAUAAAAAUAUCUAUGAAGUUGAGCCCACUGUCAGUGUGGUCCAAGAAGCCCGUGGUCGUAGUGCUAACUACAGCCAGAAUCCGUAUGACCUGCCUAGGAACAGCCACAUUCCUGGUCAUUACGACCUUCUCCCUGUAAGACACAGCCCUACCCAUGGGGCAUCUUGGGACAAGCAAUCUUAAAGGGAUACGCUUCGCUGUCGCAAUGUGCUGCGAACAUUAUCUCUGACUAUACAAAAGAAACGAAGACAAUCCUUUUUGGUUUUGCAAUACACUGACGUGACUUGAAAUAGUAUUACACAAGGAUUCUAACUUACCAGAACAUCCAUUUGGGCCAACUGCUGCUGCAUGAUAUUUAAAGAUAUGUUUUUUAUAACAAUCACAGAAAAUUAAAAAACCAACACCUCCAUCUGGCUGGGAUAGUUACUCCAGAAAGCAGUUUAUAUAUUCCAGUCAAAGACUCUGCAGAGUUCGCUGAGCUGUGAAGUAAAAACAACCCCCCAACUGUAAGUCCUUAGAGCUACGGAUGUACAUUUCUACCACCCACUUAGAGAGACCUUUACUGUUAGAGACAACAUGUCUAAAAGGAUGCUGGAGUCUAUUUUACAUACACAUCAUGGAAAAGGAUACACUCAACAAACAAGCAAGCCAGGAAAGACUGCUGUCAAAUGCAGCUGAUAUAGUUUGUAAACCAUGGCUCAUGCUAUCAUCAUAUCCAUGUUGUGUACAUGUCAGUUUUAUUCUUGGUAACUAGUUUUGCAAUAAGUUCCUGUCUAGACAGGCUGCCGCAGUAUUUUAGUAGAAAAAUAUUACAUGCACACAGUCAGUGGUUAGUCUCAGUGCCUCAUGCUCAUUUUACACGAUGUAAAUCUUCACACAUCUCCAGUGAUCUUUAACUAUAGAACUCAUCUAAACAGUGUGUCUCAUGUCCAGCAUAUAUAAGAACGUCCAACAAUGGCCAGCGGCAGAUGCAGCAGAGGGAGUGAACAGAAAAGGGCAAUCAAGUGAUCCAUCCCCUGCUGACCAGGCCUAGCAUCUGGCAGUCAGAUGCUUAGAGAGACAUUUUUAACAAACUGUAGGACCCUUUGAUUGUAGAUGUGUUUUAUUUGGCCUUGUAUAGAUGCUACUUUAUUAGCUACAGGGGCCCAGACGGUCAUCUGGCAUGUAGCUUCAGUGACUUCAACAGAGCUAUGCAGAUUUACAGUAGCUAAGUUGCUGUCAGUGUUUCAAAAAUCUAGCCCUGUUUCUGUUCUGCACCCAAACCAAUGGUUUCUAAGCUACCAUGUGGCUUCUAGGUCAUCUUUACAAGCCAAUCUAUCAUAGCUAAAUUAAUGACAUGCCAUUGCUAAUAAAUACUUUAAUUUCAUUUGCAUUACCAUGCUGUGCAACUUUAUCCAUCACAAAGUCUACCUGAAAUGUCAUUAAUCUGAGCUGUGACCAGAUGUCCUUUUUCAACAGCUGUUUGUGGAAUAAUCGCUAAGAGGUACACCUGUGGUAUGGCUUUGGAACAAGCCUCCCAGAUUAUUUUUUGUAGCCCUUCUUGACAUAGACAGUAGAAUACGUGCUAUUAAGCAGUUUCUUGUAUAUCUUGAGCAUGAAGUAGUAUUGAUUCUAAGUAUGUAAUUUUAUUAAGCAACUGUGGGAGUAGCAAAUGGAUUGCGUCUUAAAUAUAAAGUCUGUUGCGCUUUUGCUGUUCUGAUGGAACCAUAAGAGAAAGAAAAUCAACUGAGAUCAGUUUGUUAAAGCAUGAAUUGAUUGGUAAAAAACACUGAU